CCGCCAUCCUGCCUGUGUGUCAGAAACAUGGCGGAAAGCGAGUUGAACGUUGACAGCCUCAUCUCUCGAUUACUGGAAGUGCGAGGAUGUCGUCCGGGGAAGGUGGUACAGAUGACGGAGGCUGAAGUGCGGGGGCUCUGCAUCAAGUCCAGAGAGAUUUUCCUCAGUCAGCCCAUCCUGCUAGAACUGGAAGCUCCGCUCAAAAUCUGUGGUGAUAUCCACGGACAGUACACAGACUUGCUGAGGUUAUUCGAGUAUGGAGGCUUCCCACCAGAGGCCAACUACCUGUUCCUGGGCGACUACGUGGACAGAGGGAAACAGUCACUGGAGACCAUCUGCCUGCUGCUUGCCUACAAGAUCAAAUACCCAGAAAACUUCUUCUUGCUCAGGGGGAACCAUGAGUGUGCCUCCAUUAACCGGAUUUAUGGCUUCUAUGAUGAGUGCAAGCGCAGGUUCAACAUAAAGCUCUGGAAGACCUUCACAGACUGUUUUAACUGUUUGCCAAUUGCUGCGAUUAUUGAUGAGAAGAUCUUCUGCUGCCAUGGAGGGCUCUCACCUGAUCUGCAGUCCAUGGAACAAAUUCGACGCAUUAUGAGACCCACUGACGUCCCAGAUACAGGUUUGUUGUGCGACCUGCUGUGGUCAGACCCAGACAAAGACGUCCAGGGCUGGGGGGAGAACGAUCGAGGAGUUUCCUUCACCUUUGGCGCCGACGUUGUCAGCAAGUUCCUCAACCGCCACGACCUGGAUCUCAUCUGUCGAGCACAUCAGGUUGUUGAAGACGGCUACGAGUUCUUCGCCAAACGACAGCUGGUGACACUGUUUUCUGCCCCCAACUACUGCGGGGAGUUUGACAACGCAGGAGGCAUGAUGAGUGUGGACGAGUCUCUCAUGUGUUCUUUUCAGAUCCUGAAGCCGUCAGAGAAAAAAGCAAAGUACCAGUACGGAGGGGUGAAUUCAGGACGCCCCAUCACCCCGCCUCGCACCGCUCAGGCACCGAAAAAAAGGUGAGCGGCUGGCCCUGACUCUCCUGCUCCUACCCCAGCUGGUCUCUGGCCCUCUUCCCUGCGGGCUGCCUCAAACACUCCAGCCUUCUCUCAGUCAGCUUGUUCGUGUGUAAACAGAAAUUCCAGGAGUGUUUUUUUUGCUUGUUUGUGGGUAUUUCUAUGAACGUGAGUGGCAUUUCUUUUUUUUUUUAACCAUAUGUAUUACUCAGCCCUCACUUCUGCUAGUCAGUCCAUUCAGCAAUAUUGAAACCAACCUCUUGUGAAAUGGGCAAGAUGUUAAGAAAAGAUGCUUCCCUGCUUUCAGAUUAACGGUUUCCAUAGUGAUUUUGUGAAUGCAUGCACACUUGUGAGACUGAGAUGGGUUAUUUGCCCUAGCCGAUGUAAAAUUCAUAGACUGUCCCAGACCACAGGGCCAAAUAUUUCCUUUCUCUCCUUAACUGAUCUAAUGUUCAUGUCAUUUACUUAAUUACUGCCAUUGUCCCCUUAAACAUGCCUGCAGUAGUACACUGCUUAAAAACAGCUAGUUUGACAUUUCCAUGAUUUUUCUCUUCGACUCAAGAAUGUUCUUCUCUGCGUGGAGAUAAAUAAUAUCUUAAGAUUUUGCUAAUUUUAAGUGCAAUAAAUAUUGCUAGAAAUCUUGCUAUAUGCAAGUAUACACAUCUGUACAGACCAUUCAAGCCUAUUUGAUCUUUAAAAACAGUACACAGCAUUGUUAUGCUGUAUUUUACUGGGACAUUCAUAUAGAGUAGAUGCUCUAUAUUACAGCAGUGUUUCCAGCCUCUUUUCACAACCAACAUCCAGCUAUGAACCUUUUUUAGCCCUCACAUUACUGAAGGAGUGUUUGAAGAGUUUCCAUUGUUGGUGUAAAAUGGGGAAAACAAUGCAAUAUUUAAAAAUGAAGUUUUCUGUUCUUACUUUAUGUAAAUUCAGUGUAUGUGGCAAAUGUGGGAAGCAAACAGCGAGAACUCUUGAGUUUGUGUCCUUCACUCUGUUAAGUACAGUAGGUAAGUAGAACAGUAGAGACGGAGCUGCCGGCACACAUGAAGACGGUGUGUAAAAAAAAUGAAAAGAACAUGAAAUCUUGUUAGAUAAGAAACUGGCAUAUCACACAGGAUUUAAAAGAAUAGUUUUCAGUAUAUUCAUUUUUAAAAGUGGUUACAGUUCAAAGCUCAUAUUUGGAGAGCUGGUGAUUCACAGCUGUAGACCUCUCACAACAUUGUUCCAGUCAUAAAACAUCGCAUGGCAUUGUAAAGAUGUUGACAUCAUAAAGUCAGGACGGUGGCAUUUAGUUUGUUGUUGUCAUUAUGCUAGUGAAUGACAUUGUUCCCAAAUAGUGGUUAUUCAAUCAUUUCCAACUCACUAAUGGACAUCUAACCUAUGUAUUUUUAAAAAAUGUAUUUAAAUCUUGCCUUUUGCCUUGUAAAUCUAUCGGUCUUCAAGUUGGAAACGGUAUGUUCAAAUGUUUUGAGAUUUGUACAAGUUUGUUUCAAACGAGUGAAAUAAAUGGAGUGCUGUUGAGCCUGA